AUGGAUGGCGAUUUGAAGGAGUUGCAGAAUCGUUUGAGUGAGGCAGAGGAACGCAUCAAAAAAACGACGCGUUUGAUGCUGCGUGCAGUGUGGCAGUACGUCACACAACACCAUUCUUCCUCCAUGGUGAGGAAGGGUUCUUCUGUAGCCGCUGCAGCAGCUCCGGCGCCUCACAUGAUGAAAGUUGCGAUGCCGCAUCCUCGACACCACCAUGCAUUACAACCCCGAAGGCAAGCUGGUGCUGCUACGGUCCAGCACAGAAAGGGUGCCGCAGGCGCGGCUGACCAAGCUCGACUGAGUCGGGAACUCUACCGGAAGGCGUUUGGAGAGGCACGUCAAGAGGCAGAGAUGGGGACCGUGCGGCCAGCAGAUCCGGUGGAGGAGACUGAGGGUGGCUCUAUCCCAUCCGUUGCUCUAGUGUUGUUGCAGUCGUCUCGAGAGAGAGCAAUCAUGUCUGCCUUUUUACUACGCCUUCGUGUGGCAGCCCAUCGACGACGUUUUCUCUAUGAGGAGUGUGAGCUUCGGUACACGUACUAUCGUCUCCGUCGUGUGCUGCGGGCGUGGUUUGAAUUUGUGCGGGAGGUCAAUAGUAGGCGCCGAAGACUACUUUGUGGGGUCUUGGCUCACUGGGUUAGCAUUGUGGAACGACGUCGACAGAUGCAAGAAUGUUUGCGUCGCUUUUGUGUGAAUUUGGAGGGGAGACGUCGCGCAUUUGCAGGUGUCCGACGGCGCAAAUUGCGUCAGUGUUUCCUGCGCUGGCGUGAACGUUUAGAUCUUCACCGCAUCGUGGAAGGCAUGGAAGAGCGGGCGACGGAGAUGCGCAGGAGGCAUAAGUACGUGAAGGUAGCUUCGGUCGGUCAGCCCACCGCUGUCUUCACGAUCAAAGACCGCGUUUUUGCUCAUUGGAAAAAAAAGACAGAACAUCGGCUGGACACUCGACUGGCUGAGUGGGUGUCUAAACGUUUUUUAAUGCGGCAUGUGUGGAAUGAACUGAUCCGAUGCUACGUGUCCGCCAGGCAACAGCGCACAGAAUUGGAAUCUACGUUACCAUGUGGCCCGCCUACCGUCUACGUGGCGGCGCAGCGAGCUGAGUUCACGGUGUUUAAGGUUCGGUGUGCACAGCAGAUUGCACGGGGGAGACUACGAAAAACAGCAUUUGCACUAUGGCGUGCUAAGUGUAGGAAUCGGUUAUCGGACCGCCUCUUCGUCUUUCACCGUCGUGUUCGCGUGAUGAAGGCAUGGUUGCAGGCGCUUAGACGAAAACGGGUCACUUCUUUUGUGACCGCGGCAUGCUGGUGCCGAUGGCGACAGCGUCUCUAUUUGCGUUUGCAGAACACGCAGGCCCAGAGUUGGAGGCGACAGUGGCUGCAGCGAAGUGCUUUACGGCUGUGGCACAGCCAGGCUACCUGUAGUCUCUUUUACCGACAGCAAACCCUUCAUGCGUGCUGCGCCAAGUGGUGGGGGCGUGCAAGGCUGCGGUGGGCACGGAGGCGACUGGCGCUAGGCAUAAAGAGACGUGUGCUGUUGAGUUGGCGUGAUGUGGUGGUGUGUGAGAACAACCAGCGGGCCCUGACAUGUGUUGCGGAAACAUUGCGUGAGCUCGUGCUUUUGAUGGGAUGUUUUCGGCGCUGGAGGGGGCGGUACGAGCACGCGUGUCGUGCACACCUUUCCGAGAGUAUUUUGAGUGAGUUGCGACGUGAGAGGCAGCGGGCGCGGUUAUUCCAGCGGUGGAAGCGUUUGACAUUUUGGUCCCAUGCGGCCUGUAAAGAUCUCAAGCCGCCUAGUUGA